AUCGACGUCAAAGACCUACACCAAUGACCAAAGCAAAGCGAUAAUUUUUGAGAUUGUGAAAUGAAAGUGAGUCAAUGACAAUUGAUAAUCUGUGCUUCUUGGCUAAAGAUACUUGAAAGCCAUUAAGCAUAGAAUUAAUUUGUUUUGUGGAUUUGUGGAGUAACUUUAUUUUGUAUUGCUUUUUAAAAAAAUAAGUGUGUUAAAUAAAAAUGACUUGUCGGAAUGCAUCGCACGCUGGUAGCUGGUAUACGGAAAAUGGUUCUGAACUAUCAAGACAGCUGGAUCUGUGGCUGUCGAAGGCCGACCUCACCCAUGGACCGGCUAGAGCAAUCAUUGCGCCUCACGCCGGCUACUCGUAUUGCGGUGCGUGCGCAGCUUUCGCCUACAGACAAAUAAGUCCAGUUGUCGUUAAACGCAUUUUCAUCCUCGGUCCCUCGCACCACGUCCGGCUGGGGGGGUGCGCUUUGUCCUACAUGAAUAAGUACCAGACUCCCCUCUACGAUCUUACUAUUGACAAACAGAUUUACGCCGAACUCGAAGCGACGAGACAAUUCGAGUGGAUGGACGCACAGACGGACGAAGACGAGCAUUCGAUCGAGAUGCACCUGCCCUAUAUAGCCAAAGUUAUGGAGGAAUAUAAGGACGGUUUUACGAUCAUACCAAUCCUGGUUGGAUCGCUGACACCAAAAAAGGAGGCCAUGUACGGAUCAAUCCUAGCUCCUUACUUGGCUGACCCUCAGAAUUUAAUCGUCAUAUCAUCCGACUUCUGUCACUGGGGUCCGAGAUUCAGAUACACGUGGCGUGACUCCUCCAGGGGACAGAUUCACCAGUGUAUCGAGUGGCUUGACAGACAGGGGAUGGAUAUCAUAGAGAAAAUGGACCCACACGCGUUCACGGAUUAUUUAGUAAAGUAUGGCAACACUAUAUGCGGUAGACAUCCAAUUGGAAUUCUUUUACAGGCUAUAGCAAAACUACAGAGCCAAUCCAGCCCGUCGAUGUCAUUGAAGUUCUUGAAGUACGCCCAGUCGUCCCAGUGUAUGAACAUGCAGGACUCCUCGGUGUCGUACGCGAGCGCUUCGCUCGUGUUCGAAUAAAUGUCCCGAUACUUGAGAUCACCGGUGUCCCGAUUUUAAUUUUUUUUUGUGUUUUAUAAAGCUGUAUGUCCACAAAUGGUAAAUUGGCUUUUUGUGUUGGUUUUAAUUUUUUUUUUAAUUUAAAAUAGUUGGGUGAACUGUCAAAUGGAACGUCUUGAUAGUAAGUAGGUGCUCAUGGAUGUAAGAAAUAUUAACCAAUCCUUAACAUCGUCAAUGCAAGCAACGUUGGAACUGUUCUGUCCCUCGUGCAUGUAAUUACACUGGGUCACUCUCCGAUACCUACUACAGGCACAGAAGCAUGGGUGAUCUAUGGAAUUGUUAAUAUUUCUAACAGCGCCAGUGUCUAUGGACGGAGGCCACUUGCCAUCAGCUAGUCUAUAAUGACGUUUACCUAACUAAAUUAUAAAAAAUAAAAUUAAAUACUUAAUUUAGUAUAGAGAUUUAUAACGAAAUCGAUGUUGUAACCCUCAAAUUCAAUUUCCAUAUAAAGUAGCAACACUAAAGAAUAUUUCGUAGAAUUAAUAACAUAUUUAUUAACUAGCCGCCCGUCCCGUCUUCGUCCGGGUCAAAUAAGAACUGUAUUCACUACCCUAUUUCAGCGCCACCUACCGGGUCCAAUACAAACCAUCGAGGGACCCACUCAAUUCCACACAAAAAAAUAUAUCGAAAUUAGUUCAUUAAUUUAGCAGUUAUUUGUAUGUACACACAUACAGAAUACUUAUAUAUAUAUAUAAAGAUGAAGAAAUUAAAAUUAAUUCAAUUAUAAUUUGUUAUAUGUACGAAUGUUAUUUAGGGGUGGAGGUGGUUAAAUUAUGCUGUCUUUUUCUUCCGUAUAUAAAACCAAUGUUCUCAGAAAGAGAGAUGUAGAUGUUAACAACAAUCACUUAACAUAAUUAAUAU